GGUCGCCGUGCAGAAGCAUCAUUGCACGCUUGGGGAUUUUAUGUGGCUGAAUGAAGGUUUAAACACGAGAAUGAAUGAAAUCACCAGUGGCAGCUGUGAGAGAUGAAGUCAGAGGGGAAAAAAAACAACGCAACUGUCGUAAUUUAGCCAGUCAGGUCUUCAGAUGAGCUCCUUUUGCGGGGGUAUCUAGAGUCUCACUGCAGCAGCCGUCACCAUGCCCCUGUCGGAUUUUCUGGACGGCCUGAAGGACAACCCGUACUUCGGAGCCGGCUUCGGACUGGUCGGGGUCGGGACAGCUCUGGCGCUUGCCAGGAAAGGGGCUCAGGUGGGGAUGAUCUUCUUCCGCAGGCACUACAUGAUCACUCUGGAGGUGCCCAGCAGGGACAAGAGCUACAACUGGCUGCUGAGCUGGAUCACCAAGCACGCCAAACACACGCAGCACCUGAGCGUGGAGACUUCCUACCUGGCGCACGAGAGCGGACGGGUUCACACGCAGUUUGACUUUCACCCGAGCCCUGGCAACCACAUCAUCUGGUAUGGGAGGAAGUGGAUCAGGGUGGAGCGAACCAGGGAGAAGCAGAUGGUGGAUCUGCACACUGGAACCCCCUGGGAGUCUGUCACUUUCACAGCUUUAGGCAGAGACAGACAGAUCUUCUUUAAUAUCUUACAAGAAGCAAGAGAACUGGCGCUGAAGCAGGAGGAAGGCAGGACAGUGAUGUACACGGCCAUGGGUGCAGAGUGGCGGCCCUUCGGCUUUCCUCGGCGGCGCAGACCCCUCAGCUCUGUGGUGCUGGACGUGGGCGUUGCCGAAAGGAUUGUAGAUGACGUGAAGGACUUCAUUGGAAAUCCCAAAUGGUACACAGAUAGAGGUAUUCCCUACAGAAGAGGCUACCUGCUGUACGGCCCCCCCGGAUGUGGAAAGAGCAGUUUUAUCACGGCGCUGGCUGGUGAGCUGGGCUACAGCAUCUGUCUGAUGAGUCUGAGUGACCGAACACUUUCAGACGACCGCCUGAAUCACCUCCUUAGCGUGGCACCGCAGCAGAGCAUCAUUCUCCUGGAGGAUGUCGAUGCAGCCUUUGUCAGCAGAGACCUGCUUCCCACUGAGAACCCUCUGGCCUAUCAGGGAAUGGGACGACUGACCUUCAGCGGACUGCUGAACUCUCUUGACGGAGUCGCUUCAUCGGAGGCCCGAAUAGUUUUUAUGACUACCAACUUCAUAGACAGGUUAGACGCAGCGCUCAUCCGACCUGGCCGGGUUGAUCUGAAGCAGUACAUCGGGCAUUGCACCCACUGGCAGCUCACCCAGAUGUUCCGACGAUUUUACCCCGAUGAACCAGCCUCUGAGGCAGAACACUUUGCCAAGCAGGCUUUAGCCACACACUCUGAAAUCAGUGCUGCUCAGGUGCAAGGACACUUUCUGCUGCACAAAAUGGACCCUGCAGGAUCGAUAGACAAUGUUGCUCAAAUAAAAUGAUGACAGGAUUGGAAGGGAUUUGGACGCUGAUGCCUGAAUAAAGAGAGAUGGAAAAACAUUUUCAGUUUAAGUU